AUGACAAAGACAAUUUGGUCUACGCUUUCCGGUUUGGUACAACAGCUCUGGGCUGCAUCAUUCUUUGAUUUCCCGCUACUGGAGCGUGUGUACUGCAAGUUGUCCUGCGAUUUGAAACCCCAUCUCGAACUGGAGCCCUUGUUAGGCGGGAUCCCUCUCGUCUUUGAGCCGACGCUGGGCGAUAUAGCUGAAUGGGCGCAGUUUAACGUUGUCCCCGUCGCGGCCGCUCCUCAACGGGGUUUGGAGGACAUAGAAUAUUGUUGCGGAGGCAAUCAGGGCGAUGUUGUAUUUCAUUUUCGCAAAUCGCCAGACACGCAGUUCGUUGCGAGAUUCAGCACAUUAAGUGAUUACGACGCCGAGCGGACGAAUGUUGCUGAUUGCUCUGUUGUUUUUAUGUCAAAGGGCAACGGUAUUGAAAAGAUUCUGCUGGACUUUGAGGUGCUUUGCGAUGGUAUCCCGACUCUUGAAACGAAUCUUCUGAAUCUGAAGACGCUCCCUGAGUGUCUUUCAAGUCCACACUUACUGGAAGCAUGGAGGGAGCUCUCGUUGCCCUGCUUCUCCAGCCCUCAGCAACUUUUCCUGCUUCUCGCCGCCCUGGCUACGACCUUUGUUUUCCGUUGUGACGAAUACGACACAUACUCAGUAUUCGAAGAGGACCACCCGGUCAGCGACUCUGAUAACUCUGACCUCGGCAGCCACACCACUGACAGCAGUGACGACUCAGAAUUUUGGAGCGACCCGGGAACGGACCCGGACGACGAUCUCAAGCACGGAGAUGUGGAUUUUCCCCCUCGGCCAGAAUCCCCAAAGUCGGACUAG